AUGGGUUCUGAUUUACGCGAUUUAAUUCGAAUUGCUUUGGACGAUGUUGAUUCCAGUACUGUCCCAGACCCACUUAAGCUACACGAUAAGCGAAAUUAUAAGGAUUGGGCUCGGUUGACCAUGAAAAGUGUGCUGCAUUUGAAUUGUUUUUUGGAAAUGUAUCUCAAUAAUCAAUUCAGGGAAAUCCCAGGAGUAAGUAAUCUAGAUUCAGCCGAGCAGGAGCGUGUUAGAAUGGAUUAUGAAAAGCUUACGAGCAGUUUGGUGCGUAUUUACAUUGAUGAACCCUUGUUUCAGGUCUAUGUAGUCCAUAAAGGCUUAAGAGGUCUUGAACUAUGGAAUGCUCUUUAUAAUGACUUGGGCCAUUUUUCCUUCGCACAACAAUUACAUUUUCAUUCGGAAUUACAUACGAUGCUUCACGACCCUAAGACUACUAUGUUGGAAAAGCUUGCCCUCAUCCAAUAUGCUGAUCCAGAUAUUCUUCCUGUUUCCGAUGAAUACAAGUUUGUUAUGUUCGCUACUGUAUGUGGUAACAGCGCUGUCAAGGAUAUAUUGGUUCGUCUUCAUCAUGAGUCUGAUAAAGUGACCUGGAAGGCUUUGAAAGAAAAAAUUCUAGACAUUUCUGACAAAGAAGCCGUAUCUGAUACCUAUGAGGCGGUUUCAGGGAAACCUCCUCCUAGAAUAUUAAUUAGAUCUAACGUGAACUGUUCCAAAUGCGGUGGUGUUGGCCACAAAUCAGAUGUAUGUGUUUCAAUGGAUGAUGAAGAAAGGAUCAAAUUAGAGCCAGUGUCAGGAAAGGUCAACAUAGCACCUGACUCGUUUCCUAAGGACGAAUUUUAUCUUGAUUCUCGUGUAUCACAUCAUAUUACUCACCAAAAGAAACUAUUGCAUAAUUUUUCAAGGAGUUCUGGGACAAUUAAGGGUCACGGUGCUCUGUUCAGGAUUGCCGGGUCUGGAUCUUUGAAGUUCAAACUACCAGAUGGUAGCUCCCUUACUCUUACUGAUGUACAAUAUGUACCUUCCUUUGGGCGUAAUUUAGUCUCAAUCCUUCAAGUGAAUCUGCGUGGUACGAAUUUCACAUUUAAUCACAAUAAGGUAAUGGCAUCUGACCUGGGAAUUCCUGUUGCAAGUCUCAUUGUGCCUGAACAUGUUUUACUCUAUCAAUUUUCAUUACCUUGUGUCCCUCCAUCCAGCUAG